AUGCCUUCUCACUUCGAUACCGUCCAAUUACAUGCUGGUCAAGAAAACCCAGAUGAUAACAAGAACAGACCAAGAGCUGUCCCAAUCUACGCUACCACCUCUUAUGUCUUCAAUGACUCCAAGCACGGUGCUCAAUUGUUCGGUCUAGAAGUCCCAGGUUACGUUUACUCUCGUUUCCAAAACCCAACUAACAACGUCUUUGAAGAAAGAAUCGCCGCCUUGGAAGGUGGUGCUGCCGCUGUGGCAGUCUCUUCUGGUCAAGCUGCCCAAACUUUAGCUAUUUCUGGGUUAGCUCAUGUCGGUGACAACAUUGUUUCCACCUCUUACUUGUACGGUGGUACUUACAACCAAUUUAAGGUCGCCUUCAAGAGACUAGGUGUCGAAGCAAGAUUUGUCGAUGGUGAUAAUCCAGCUGAUUUUGAAAAAUUGUUCGAUGAAAGAACUAAGGCCGUCUAUUUGGAAUCCAUUGGUAAUCCAAAAUACAAUGUCCCAGAUUUCGAAGGUAUCGUCGCCGUCGCUCACAAGCAUGGUAUUCCAGUCGUUGUUGAUAACACUUUCGGUGCCGGUGGGUUCUUCUGUCAACCAUUGAAGUUCGGUGCUGAUAUCGUUACACACUCUGCUACUAAAUGGAUUGGUGGUCACGGUACUACUGUUGCUGGUGUCGUUGUCGAUUCUGGUAAGUUCCCAUGGAAGGACUACCCAGAAAAGUUCCCACAAUUCUCUAAGCCAGCUGAAGGUUACCACGGUACUAUCUUCAAUGAAACUUAUGGUAAUUUAGCUUACAUUGUUCACGUUAGAGUCGAAUUAUUAAGAGAUUUAGGUCCAGGUAUGAACCCAUUCGCCGCCUUCCUAUUAUUGCAAGGUGUUGAAACUCUAUCCCUAAGAUGUGAAAGACACGCUUCUAACGCUCUAGCAUUGGCUAAAUGGCUAGAAAAAUCUCCAUAUGUUUCUUGGGUUUCUUAUCCAGGUUUAGAAUCUCAUUCUCAUCACGAAAAUGCUAAGAAAUAUCUAUCUAACGGUUUCGGUGGUGUCUUAUCCUUCGGUGUCAAGGACUUACCAAACCAAAGUGAAGAAGAAGUUAAGAAGAACCCAUUUGCCGCUUCAGGUGCUCAAGUUGUGGACAGCUUGCAAUUGGCCUCCAACUUGGCUAACGUUGGUGACUCUAAGACUUUAGUCAUUGCUCCAUACUUCACCACCCAUCAACAAUUAGAUGACGAUGAGAAAUUACUUUCUGGUGUCACCAAGGACUUGAUCCGUGUCUCCGUCGGUACCGAAUUCAUUGAUGAUAUUAUUGGUGAUUUCCAACAAUCUUUCGAAAAGGUCUUCGCUGGUCAAAAGCCAUAG